AACUAUCCACAGAUGACAAACCUGUACAUAAUUUGUGUGACAUAUCGUGGUGCAAAUUCAAGCAGGCUGAGCGUGAUGGCAUGAACUAUUCACACAAGCACAGUUUACCUGUGGCUGUUUUAAGUGCUAUAAAACCAACAUUUAGGUGUUUAGCAGAGCCAGACCUCCUACGAAAGUGUGUGCAUGGAAAGACACAAAACCCUAAUGAAAGUUACAACUCACUGAUUUGGAAACGUUGCCCAAAAACAACAUUUGUUUCAACAAUUAUUGUUGAAAUUGCUGCAUAUGAUGCUUGUUUAGUUUUUAACAAUGGUAAUCUUGGAAGAAUAAAAACUCUACAGAGGCUAGGAUUUCAUCCAGGAGCUUUCACCUAUUCAAUAUUGAAGGACAUCGAUGACAAAAGAGUUGCUGCGGCUGAUAUUACAGCCAAUAAAAUUGAACAGCAGGUUAACCAAAGAAGACAAGCAAAGAAGAGACUGCUUGCAGAUGAAGAGGAGUAUGCAUAUGGCUUGCACUAGUUCACACAGAGACGGGAAAUUGGGAGACCCGUAAAAACUGAACAAAAGAAGAUAUAAAAAUUCUGCUCCACAGAG